CAUUCAUCUCUGGUAGCUACGGAAACAAGAAUUUUUAAAGUCACUCUGUUAUACUGGGUAGUCACUAGCAUUUGACCUUCAUAGAAGGGAAGAGAGGUGAUUCAACUCUUGUGUGACUCCCUGUCUGGUCAACAUUUCCUGUUAUUUGGAAGAUAUUUAUGAUCUCGACAUUUCUCAAAUGGAUCUCUUCCCCCUUGAUAAACAAAGAUUUGCCAAUGAGAAGGAGUGCAUCUUCAAGCUGAGUGGCCUCCUUAUCACCCUAUCAGCUUUGGUGUUGGAAAUAAUCAUUGCAAGCAGCCAAUUCUGGCGCCUGUGGGAAUUCGAUGACAAGAUUGUGCAAUUUGUGUCCUUUGGACUAUGGGAAGCUUAUUACCCUCAAGAGUUUAAUGCCUCAGGGACUGUAACGAAGAUUCUGGUGCACACCCCUAUCAAUUCCAGUUGGACCAUUCCACCUGAAUUUCAGAUUGCACAAAACCUGAUAAUGUGGGCUAUUUCGAUGAGGCCUGUAGUACUGAUUUUUGGUGCAAUCGCCAUUAAGAUUAGCUACAUGAAAGACCCAUUUAUUGAAAUGCAGAUAUAUUGCUACAAGGUUGCUGCCUUACUUUUGUGUAUUAGCAGCUUCUUCACAUUUGUUUCUGUAAGCUGGAAUCACUUUGUAGAUCAUUAUGGCCAAACCACUCUUGACUUUCCACCUGACUUUCCAGUUAAAAAAGAAGCCUUAAUAAACAAACUCUAUACUGCUGUGUUCCCAGUCGGGGUACUGGUGGCCGCCAUGUCACUCUUUGGUAUAAUCGUCUUUCUCUCUGAGAUAAACUCUUUGAAACUAAAGAAUCAGGUGAAGGCCAAGUGUGUUUCCAUAGUGGCUGAACAAGUGAUCUGAAGUGAGAACUCCAUUUACAACAUCUGUCAGAAAGUUCCUAGAAGAAAUUUCUCAUUCAUAUACAAAACUCCUGUAGUUCCUAGCUCGUUCUAAAUAAAGCAACAACUUGAUUCUCUU